UACCGCGCGGUGCAGAGUGGCCUCCACCCGCGCCCGCCCGCCCGCCGCCGCCGCCGCCGCCGCCGCCGCCGCCCCUGCCCGCGCCUCCCGCCUCCUGCCUCCCGCCGCAGCCCGCUGGGCUUUUUCCCUCCUUCCCAAUUGAGCUUGGGCGCCAAGCCCCCGAGUGCUCGUCACGCUGGACCCUGGCGCGGAGCCCUGGCACCACGACUCGGAGGCCGAGAUUCUCUCCUGGAAUCACCCAGGUCUGCUGUGUGUUGUAUGAGUGCGUGAGUGUGUGUGUGUAUGUGUGCGUUCCCAGAUUUUAGCCCUCGUCGGGGUUCAGAAUGUCCAGCUACUGCUUCUUCUAGGAGGAGGAGCCUGAGUUCAGCAUCCCUGUUAGAAUCCUUAACGGCUGGGAUGGCUCCAGCAAGCUUUAGGUCCGUUUGCUAGGAGUAAAGCCUUCCCUUUUAGUGCACUUAAGAAAUGCCCUCUACCUGCCAGUUUGGACACCACCUCUUCAACUCAGGGGAAGGGGAGAAGAACGUCUCUUUACUGUAUCCCAAUUUACACUUGACCUUGCCCGGCACCCAUUUAGAGGCUCCCACCUGCAGAAGAGCCACCUGCAGUUCCUGUGGAGAGUGGGAAGGGUCCCCCCAGGCUUUCAGAGCCACACCCGCGGGCUGCACCUCCCCCACUGUCCAGUCCGGGCAAGGGUUGAACUUUGGGGCUUUGCUGGGAGGGGGUGGGGGAGGUGAUAGGCUUCAAAGGAAAACCCAAGACAAUGACUCCUGCUUGUGAUUGGCUUCUGAGGGCCCCAUCUUAGGUUGGGAUUGCCAGCUUGCUGAGAGGAGGUGGAAGGGCUGGAGGGGAGCCCCUGCCAGGUGACUGGCAGGACAGCACUUCGUCCUUUCAGAGGGAACCCUUGUUUCCUGGCACUGGUAAGCUGUAGUUCUCUCACUCCCCUUUGGGAAACACUAUCCAAAGAACACCAUGUGUCUGUUUUGCCAUCCAAGCGGGCAUCUCCUCGCUGUUCAGGGAAGGGGGCAGGAUAGGGAUCGUCCAGAGCUCAAGGACAGGCUGGGAUGGAGGGACGCAAGCGCCUCAGGGAGAGCUUGCCUUUGAGAAAGCUAAGAUUUAUGAAUUUAACUGAGCUUCCUUUAAGUACUUUACCAACCCACAGACCAUUUGGCUUGUUCUUCAAAGGCAAGACACUGGGAGACAGAAUUCCCAGGGGACCUAUAAUUGACCCUGGCAGUGACAAACACUGUCUCUCUGUAUCCUUAACCAUUCAGGUGAUUGCUUUUCUGGCUGCCCCAGGGACCAUAUGUAUAGGGGGUUGGCUUGGGAGCUCAAGAUGCUGGGUGGCUGCAAGCUCGGGAUUCCAAGAACCGUCAGGCGGAGCAAGUGGAACUUCUUUAUCCCCAGGAAACUCCUAUCAACAAUCUGAGGAGUUUAGGUGGCGGGUGAGGUCACAGAGAGAGGGCUGAAUUUCACUUCCUUCUGUGAGGCAGGUUGUACCAAUCUCAGGUUCAGCACUGGCAGGAAUGGCAGGCUGUGGGGAAAGAUUUGAAGUCAUGGAGAUGAGCGAGUAGACUGAGCUGGGGAAGUCUGGCUACUCUGCUGGAUGCUGGACCUCGCCUGUAGGCUAAGCUGUGGUGGGCAGACAGCUCUCCUCUGCUGAGAGGGCAGCUGCAAUGACUAACGUGGGUUUUUCUCCCCUCUCUCUCCCAGGACACACUCUUACCACAUCGUUGAGCCUGUUUGUUGCGUUGAGCAAGCCCAGGGUGGAGCCUAGAGUCUCGGGCGGGGCUUAGCAGGUUUGGAGGGAACCUGGCCGGCCUAGGAUAGCUGGCUUUUGUUUUUGCUGCCAAGCCUGGAGCUCAGCUCAGACUGAGAUGGGAGCUUGGUGGUUACUCCUCAGGCCAGUGAGUGAGUGAGUGCGUGUGUGUGUGUGUGUGUGUGUGUGUUGUGAGCCUUGUGUGUACAGCCAGUCACAGAGCCCUCUGCCCUCCCACAGCCACUCACAGAGACUAGUCUUGUUGACAUUCCGCCAGGUACCCUGUGCACUUGUAGCAGCUGAGCACACCCCGGCUGUGGCUCAGAGUCAGUAGCAGUCAAACUGCGUGAUGGGGACCAGCCUGGGUUAGAAGAAGAGGCCGAGGGGAAGGUGGCGCUGAGUGGGCCCAGGGGAGAAGCAUGGAGAGUCUCAGGACUGCAAGGCAGCCCACAUAUGGGGGCGGGUGUCAGUCUUGGCAGUGCUUUAUCUCUAGGGUUGUCUGUCAUCAGUGCCUGACCCCACUUCUCCAUGUAAGAAGGGGGAGCAGGAAAGAAGGAAGGGGAAGAGAGUCCUUCCCGGUGGGGGCAGCCUCGCGGAUGCCUGCAUUGCACCCUAACAGGGGAGAUGGAGCCAUCCCAGUGUGUGGAGGAGCUGGAGGAUGAUGUGUUCCAGCCAGAGGAUGGGGAGCCGGGGACCCAGCCCGGGAGCUUGCUCUCUGCUGACCUGUUUGCCCAGAACCAGCUGGACUGCCCCCUCAGCCGUCUGCAGCUCUUCCCUCUCACGCACUGCUGUGGCCCUGGGCUUCGAUCCACCAGCCAGGAAGACAAGGCUACCCAGACUCUCAGUCCAGCCUCCCCGAGUCAGGGUGUCAUGCUGCCUUGUGGGGUGACUGAGGAGCCCCAGCGACUCUUUUAUGGCAAUGCUGGCUACCGUCUCCCCCUCCCUGCCGGUUUCCCUGCAGUCUUGCCCCUCGGUGAGCAGCCCCCUGAGGGGCAGUGGCAACAUCGAGCAGAGGUACAGAUUGCCCGAAAACUUCAGUGCAUUGCAGACCAGUUCCAUCGGCUUCAUAUGCAGCAACAUCAGCAGAAUCGAAAUCGAGUGUGGUGGCAGAUCCUCCUCUUUCUACACAACCUCGCUUUGAAUGGAGAUGAGAACAGGAAUGGGGCAGGUCCCAGGUGAGGCUGGGCUGCCCUCUUCACACGGGGCACCACGGAAGGACAUCGGCGAGGACUGACACUGUGUCUUGUGAAGUUGUUGUUUUGUGUUUUUAUUUUAAAAAUUUCUCUCUGUGUACAUAAGACAUACCCAAGCGGGACCUCUUUCCCCGUUCAGGGCCUCGACGAGGAAUGGGGGCCUUUGUCAAACACUGUCGAAGUAGAGGCUGGUGUGUCUGUGAUGUGGGACCUCCCAAAGGCUUGGACGGGUAGAUCCUUCAGUCAUCAGUGGUUGAAGACGACCGUGUAGUGUGAUGUGCUCCGGCGAGUGGACUCUGGUUUUCCCACAGGGACUUGUUUAAGAAAUAGGAGACUGGAUUCGAGCUCCUGGUUCCACCAAACCUGUCAGCCUUCCACCGUGGAUGGGACCCAGAUCCUAUGGGUCACACUGCUUUAACCCCCCAGGGCCUCAGCCAGGGGCUUUCCAGCUGCGCGUGGCAACUUCACGAGGCCAGUCAGCCAGCUCCAUGUCUGGGUUCUCCUUGCGCCCAGCCGUUGUCUGCCCCAAGGGCUCAGGGAUUCUUGCCCAGCCCCUGUCAUCUCCAGCAGACCUCAGGGAGGGUUGGGCUUCUCCACGGACCCCUCAAAUGUGCCGCAAAAAUGAACCAAACGUCUGGGUAGGCCUCAUGUCUGACCGGGUCCUGCUUGGGAGGCCCAGGGUUGGUCCUGAGGUGCAGAACCACUGCCCCCUCUGGCUCCCUGGGACUGGCUGGGUGUCAACCAGGGGUGAGCCAGCUAGCUCGUCGCCGUGCUGCAGCCAACAGCUCUUCUUUCGACAGCAGACUGUGUCCCACUCACGGUAGCAGCACGCUAGGGCCAGAAGGGCCAAGAAGGCGGUGGCUUGGCGAAAGGAGACGGCCGUCCCACCUACAAGAGCCAGCCUAGAGGAACCCAGACCUCUUGGUUUCCUUGGAAACCGCAUACCUCCUCCCUUUUAUCCCCAUUCCUCUCCCACACCUAGUGGGAUACAGGAAGAAGCCAGCACAGUGGCUUUGUCAGCUGAAAUGUGUCUUUUAGAGUAACAGACAGUGAUUCGAGUGCGGAAUCGUCAAAGCUGGGUACACGUUUCCUGUCUUCCUUCAGCUUCCAGCCAGGCCACACAGGUGUGCCCUGAAACUCGGCAGGAUCCCAGCUGCCGCUGAACUCCUUCCCUCUCCCUGCUGUGGCACUAGUGGAGAGAAUUUAAAGCAGCCUGUCUGGCAGCUCUGAGAGCAGACAUGGGGGAUCUGAAAAGACACAGGGAAUCUGUUAACCAGACACCUAGAAAUUAAAUUAUCGUUUUUGCAUAUGUGAGAAAAGUUAACCUUGGUGCUAACGGUGAAGCAAGGCCCAAAGAAAAGAUGGCUUCCUUGGGCAGAGCAGACCCCAGGGCUACCCAAGGAAAUUGGAGGAGUCCACAGUAGACUCUCAGAUCUGAACAAGCCCAGGCUUCUCUGAUUCUACAGAGAGGAGGUCUUCGUUGCUGUUGAAGGACACAUUGAUCUUCUGGAUGUACGGUCAGGCAGGUUAUUCACUGCCCAAGGGCACCUGCAGAGGAAAGUGAUGGAAGUUAUAAUCUAGCCCGUGCUCUGCUCACUAAGCUGUAUGCCUUAGUGUAGGGCUGUGUCUGCUUACAGGAAGAGGUGCCUUUCCUAAUUUGCACAAAGGUGCCCUAUGGGCUCACAGUGGCUCAGAGAGGGACUUCAAACUGCGCGCAAGGCUUGGUUUUGUUCUGCUUGGAUGUUCUUGGAGGUAUUACCUAUGCUUGGCCAGAAUUAUAUUCUCAGGGUGUGUACCAUGGUUUGUCUGCUAAGAAGAUAGGUUCCUGCUUACAAGAAGGAACCCAGGGAACAGGCAUGAAGACCGGUGCUGAGACAAGCUGACCAUUGUGAAAUCCAGCCUUCCCUGUGUGUCUCCACACCAUUUUUUGAUGUGCAUAGGACAGGUGUUGUUUUUCCCUCUCUGGCACCAAGGCUGUGACGGGCGAGCUGCUGGUAUAUGCUUGAGUGGCACACACAAGAAAACCAGGAUUAUUUCUACCAGCCACUUUUACCUCCUCUUAGCAGACUUUCCACGUGAGCCGAGUGAGAGCAAAUAAAUGGUCCAGGCCUUGGUGCCGAGGCAAAGCCAUCAUCUUUAGAGACCUUGAUGGGCCUGGGCAAGAUGUCCUGUGGCCUAUCCUAAGAACUGAGCCCAGUGUUUGAGACACUCAGCUGAACAUCGUGCCUGGGGCUGGGUGGAGGGUCGUCUGACUGCACUGUCUCCAUCGUCUGUGAAGCCAGGAACUAACUCACUAUCCUGAGCAAACCAGGGCAAAAUGUAAAACGCUCCUCCUUCUUCUCCCCACCUCCCGGGGCCCGGCCCCCCCGCCCCCAACCCAGGAGGUAGAAUAGCCCCAGGAGGGAGAGAGGUUCCUCCUGGCUGGCUGUUUUUAAUUGGCUUAGUGAUCUAGACUGGCCCCUUCCCCCUCUGCCGGGUGAGUGGGUCUGAACAUUCCUCAAGUCCAACCUCAGGAGACACGUCCCUCCCCCCUGGGCUCCCUCUUCCCAUCCCCCACCCCCAGGAGCUUGGCUGUCUCUCGUUAGGGGGUGGAGAAUCAGAUUUAGAGGGAGGGAGAGUCUGACCUGGCUCCUGACCUGUAACCAACAGAGGACUUGUGGAGCUUUUGUGGUUUUGCUGAGGGUGGGGGGGCGUGGGGGGUGGGAGAGGAACUGGAAAGCUCCCUCCCUGGUAGGAAUGCCCUGGAGGAAGGGAAGCCUGAUAUUCAGGGUCAAAACAGCCCUUCUAAUUCAGGACCCCAGAGUAGGGGUUUCUGGAAGCCGGUAGACAGAACUGGGGACGGAACCCCCUCAGGCCAGCUGUCUGACUCCCCCAGAGAGUUGGAGGACUCAGCCGGGCCUCGCUGCCUCUGCCUGCUUCAAAGUCUGGGCUGCUGGAGAGCUGCCCCCGUGGCCUUUUCUUGCUCAGUCCAAGGCAGGAAAAGAUCACCUCCCAGUGCCCUCCACGAGCCCCUGGGGGAGGGGGUCUGUGUCGGGAGUGUAUGUGGCAGGCACGUUCUGAGCGCUCAGAGAGGCCUGGCUGACUUGUCUCUCUGUCCCCAAGGAUGGGGCAUGGCAGGGGGAGGGGGUGGUUUGGGAUGGUCCAGCCAUUCUGAACACUGGGGGCUGGGGAGCCACCGUGACUGUGCUGGUCAGCAAGGAGCACGUGGAGAGCUUGCGAGCUUGUCUCGUUGGAGGGACCUGAUGCAGUGGGCUAGGGCCCGUGAAGGACAGCAGAAGCAGGCACUUCAGCUCGGUGGGGCUUCUGCAGAUCAGUGCUGUAGCUCAGGCUGGAUGAAGCUGUGGAGUCCCUCUGUGCGUAGGUGGAGACACCUUGGUGAGAGACCACCCUGGCCGGACGUCUUAACCCAUCCGCCUGUGAAGCCUCCUGGGGACCCUGUGGGCCGUGGGUGCCUCAGGGCUGGUGGGGACGUUGAGCCUCGAGGGAACAGCGGAGAAAGCCGCUCUCUUUCAUAGCCGUGCCGGCCUCUUGGGCUGAAGGUGCUCGGAGCCCUGCAGGCUUCCGGUGCGCACUGCCCCUCUCUCUGCACAGGAGACCGGCACCUCUCCCUGCUCUGUGAGCACUGUGCAGCGGGCUGCCCCAUGCCUGGGUCCACAGGGCCUGUCGGGGGAGACCCAGUGAGCAUGUAGCAGUUUGUCCAUCCCGGCUUAGCUGUCCUCGGUUCUAGGCACUCCGCCUCUGGGAGAGAAAUAAGAAGAGAGAGGGAGGGGAUGGGGACUCAUUGUUUUUAAACGUGUACAGAAUAUUUGGUUUUGUGUUCUUCACAUGCAUGUAUGUGUGUGUAUCUUUUCCCCCAUCAACUGGUACCGUUUUUAAUAAAACCAUUUAAGGCAAAGCUGGUCUUUUUCAAGGUGUAGUAAAAGGGCAAGGAGAUCCGUUAGUGGAUUAGACUCUCAACUUGCUUCUCAGUUGCCCUCCUGAGUUACCUCCCAGGACCCCUGGCUUCUGUCAGGACGUCCUUUCCCCUCUUGAGGAGGUGAAGAACCAUUCUGACCACACAGUAAGCAGCACAGUAGAGGCCCCAUGAGAUGGAGAAACAUGGGCUUUGGAUCCAGACCUGGAUUUGGAUCUGGUUCUGAUCACCACCAGCUGAAUGACCAUAGGCAAGUUGUGUAACCUCUCUGAGCCUUCAGUUCUUCCAUGUGUAAAUUACAGCUGUGCCUGCCUUAGAGGAUGAAGGAGAGUGUGUACAGAGGAUCUGCCUGGGGCCGGCCCUCAGCAACCGUAGCCUCAGUGACCAAAAGUGCCCUGGUGGCCCCUCCGCACAACCCCCCCACCCCUGUCAAGCUGGGCUUCUCUUUCCUUUUAUCAAAGCAGCAUCUCACGGGAGCGUCGGGGGCGGGGGUUGGGGGCGGGUAGGCUAGUUGUCGGGGGACUUCCUGGCUUAUCUUUCUUUGCGGAUGAACAAUGUGUCUGACUCAAAGGGGUAAAGUGCUUGACAGAGCUCUAAAAAUCCUUGGGAAAAACCACUUCUUGUCCUAUCAGCAGUAGGAUGUGAACUGAAGGGCCAACCAACUGUGCCUGUGCUGGGCCCCCAAGACUUAGGAAGCUGUCAGCUCUCUGAGGAUCAGCCUUGGACUCUGGUUCCUAGCCUUGUAGAGAAUGGGAGCUUGAGGAGAUGUCAGUUGUCUUGUCUAACCUCUUCAUUUUAUGGAUGAAAAAACGGAGGCAUGGAAAAGGGAUACCAUUUUCUCCUUGGGCUUUUUAAAUAGCUGAGUCAGUCAGAGGGGGGUUUACCCCAUCCAUCUUGGUUUCCAUUUGGAAAUUGCAGUGCUCUUGCCCAGGUCUGCAGGGAAGCCAAAACUUGUCUAUUUUUAAUGCCAAAUGACUGCCUCUUCUCCUGUAAAACAUGGCACUUCUAACCACUCUAUAUUUGGACAGAGAGGUUUAUUUUUACUGGAGUGUGGUAGAAGUGGGGCUUGGUGCCGUGUCCGGAUGUUAUUCUACAUUUCAUGUGCGGGGUUGUAGUUGAGCCCGUAAAGCAGCUCCUCUGAGGUUUGCAGGGAAUUAGGUGAUUGUGACAGUAACGACUUUCUUUCAAGUCCUCUGCGCCUACUUUGGGUGAGGCUGCACUCAGUUGCCCAGCUAGAAACCUGAGAGCUCAUCCUUGUCCCCACUGGACCCUCCCUUCUCUCUCUGAUCCCUCCAGAGGAAGUCCAGUGAGAAGUUAAAGGCACAACUGCCCAAGUUUGAACCCAGGCCCUGCUGUUUGCCAGCUGAGCGACAUUGGGCAGGUCACAGAGUCUCUCUGUGACUCAGUUUCCUCAUAUGUAAAAUGAGAUGAUAAUAGUACCCACCUUAUAUGGCUGUUGUAAGCGUUAAAUGUGUGAAUAUGUGUAAGGAGCUUAGAAUAGUGUUUGUUACAUGUUAAUUUUCAAAUAAAUGUUAGCUGUUAAUAUUGCUAAUAAUAUUACUUUUAUUAUUAUUAUUUGUAAGCAGCUGAUCAGUAAGCUGUGACCAUUCUUAUCUGGAAAUAGCCCUUGUACCUAUCUUCUAUCUCUGCUACAUUGUUUCAAUGUAACUCUUUUUCCCUGGACAACUGCAGAGCCCCUAACCUGGUCUUUGCCAGCCUUGUCCCACCCACAGGGCCUUCUCUGCUGCCAGAGGACCUUUCUAAAAGACAGACUCCAUCCCAUCCCUCCCCACUGGAAAACUUGCCCUACUGGAUCCAGUCCACAUUCCUUAGCCUGCCUCUCCAG